UCUACAGAUUGGACUGAUGAGCGUCUGCAGGGGUUACGUGGUCUCGUUGAAGCGGCUGGAGCUGCCUAUAUCAAUAGGCUACUUUCGAAUUUCCCAUCCAUCAGCCAAACUAGCAUCUUUACUAAGAUCUCUCAACGAGGCGGGCAAAAUUCAACAUGUCUUCGUCUAUCGUCGCUUCUUUACAAUUUGUGCUAUUAUUCUUGGCUGUAUGCACUUAUGUCGUUUACCUGAUACUGCAAAGGCCACAACCGAGAUCACCAACCCAAGAACUUGGUGCCCGACUUGGACGAGACAGAUCUGAAGAUCCGAAAAUUCAAAACGAGGCUUCAUUUGCUUUGUCCAAACUGGUGCACUACGAUGGUGCAGGAACAUGGCCACCCAGAACAGACCAUAUCAACUGGCCUCCAGCACUAAUUCCUUACCGGAACACCUACUUCGAAAUGGUUCCUCUUCUUUCCUCGGCUGCAGCAUCAUUGGAUGAUGACACAAACAUCAGAAUUCGCAAUGACUUCCGUAUCAAGAUGCGUACGUUGCUAAAACAGAGCAUCAACAUUCAAGAAGUGGAGCGAAUCAUGGUCGCAGCUGAGAUGGCGAGUCCACAAAGUCUUUCACGGAGUGCAUAUAAUGGAUUUUACAAUUGUGUCGCAGUGUGCCGUCACAUGUACAGAUGGGCAACCAUACCCGUGGUAAAAGUCGCGCAGGCUGAGACAGUCAUUGAGUUUCCUCCUGAACUAGAUGCACCUUGGUCGUACCUACAGCGAAGCUUCGGUGUUACCGCUAUGAGUGGAAACAAUACUUCUAACGUCCUUCUGAACUUUGAUGAGCGAGGGGAGAGAGUGUUCAGAAUCAACGUGCGGAUGUCCAAGUUGAUCCAAUCUUCAGAGGAGGCUUUCUUUCAGAUGUUCUACGACGUCGAACUUGCUGCUACCCCGAUCUACUACGAUAUGAUAAACGCUAUCACAUCUUUCGAAAGCAAAGACAACACCAGUUGUUUACGUUACCUUGAAAACAUCAACUCCAACAUCCGCAAUGUGUUCCAGGUGUUCUAUGACAACCUCAACGAAUCCAAAGUGUCGCAAUCUGUGUGGCUUAGCUACGUACAAGGGUUUCAAGGAUGGGGUGUGGGCAAGAUUGUCGAUGGGAAGUUCAUAAAAUACGAUGGCCUGUCCGGUAAUCAUGUUCUGAUCUUCCAGGCGUUGGACGCAUUCCUUGGCCUUGAUCGUUAUCUUACAGACGAGGAUAUGGUGCGUUACAUCCCAGUGAACCAAAGGAACCUUUGUCUGGCACUCAAGAAGAAUUGUCUACGCUCAAAGAUACAAGGGAACCAAGCACUUGAAAACAUCUUCGCAGAAAUUGUGAAGAAGCUGAAGGUCUUUCGAACUGCACAUCGAACAAGAGUGAUGUCUUAUUUGAAACAGCCAGCUCCGGAGCGAUCUCAAAUGACUGCAGGGAAGUCAGUCCUUGAGGGGACCCAGGCGCAAGGUUUACAGCGAUUGGAUGACUUCAUGGCGAAAAGGUUGAAGCAAACUGUCUAGAACAGUUCGA